AUGUCUACUGGAGAGCUUACCAUGUACUUGCGUGAGUUCCUCGUAGCCAGUCACAUCGACCUUCCUUCGGAGUCCCGCAUCAGCAGUCACAGCAUGAAGGCCACCUUUCUCAGCUGGCUAGCCAAAUUCGGAGGAGUUUCUUUGGAGGACCGCCGCAUUGCAGGGCACCAUUUGGACCCUGAUUCCCGGUCCCCUCUGACCUACAGCCGUGACGAGCUGUGCCGCUUGAUGAAGAUUUUCGAGGACAUCCUGAAAGCCAUCCGUUCCGGCCAAUUUAAGCCUGAUGACAGUCGCGUGAUGCGUUUAGCUGUCAUGGUUCAGGCUGAGUCAGGCCCUCAGCUGCAGGAGAGACUCCUCGAGCAGGACCCAUAUGUCUCCGACUCCGAAGCUGGUGAUUCCGACAUCAGCCCCGAGGAUCUGGAGGCCCGAGCCGGUGGAGUCCCCCUGGACGAUGGCUUGAACGCUGCUCAGAUUCCUUCUGUCUACAGCAAGAUGCACAUUUACAGUCGUACAGUGCAUAUACAGGCUGCUGAAGGUGCCAAAUUUUUGUGUGGCCGACCCAUCACCCGCAAUUUUGACGAGCUGGACAAGGCCGUACCGGCGGCCUUUAAGGCCAGAGCAAUCGAGCUCAACUUUCCCGAGGAGACCCUGAAAAAGCUCGCGGCCAUCAAUGUGGACACGUUCGGAGCUCUAGCCUUUAUCGGGCCUCUUCAAGCUGGCACGACCGAUGAGGGCCCACUCAUCAGCAUGCUGAAACGUGCUUUGGGUUCAGCGCCUGAUGACGCGCUUAUGAGCAUCGCUCGCCGCCUGUGGUUCGAAAGCACCACUCAGGCUCUUGCUGAAAUGCGUGGCAAGGUCGAGCGCACCGAUGCUUCUGAACCAGUUCGGAUGCCUUUGGCCGAGCGCACACAACGCCUUGCUGCUCUUCAGAAGCGACUUGUGGGUAUUCACUGGACCUCCGACAUUGAGCCUUCCCAUAAGCUACAAGACUUGGUUGCUCAGAUGGUGUCUGAUCAGUCCUUGCUUUGGAUUCCGUGGGAUCGCCUCACAAGCCGAGCUUUGGAAAUUACGUCUGACAAAACCGAUCAGGCGGUCAGCUUCGACAGUGCCGGGAACCUCAAGCUCGUGAAACGGUCAGCUGAACCUUCUUGCAGUACCAUCGGAGAAUACGCCGUUAAGCUGGCACUUCAGAGGAGGAGUUUGGCUUUCGAACUAGCCAGAGUCUGCCGUUACGAGUACCUCGAGUCCUGGCAUGACCAGUUGCUGCAAGUGCAUAUGCGCUCCCAGCCUUCAGGCCAUCAAAGAGUUUCGAUUGCUCAGCUUCGUGAAGCCGACAAGUUUCUGUGGACGAGGAUCGCCGAGGAUACGCGUGGCUCACUGUCCAUGCGCUCAGAUGGCUCGUACCCCUUCGAGGCCUCGCUUGCAAAGUGGAAGGAUCACACGCAAGUUCAGUGCUACCUACUUCCGCUGAUGCGAUCACCGCCUCCACCGCCGACUCCACACACUCCCAACAUCCCGCCCAACAAGGACGGGAAAGGAGGCGGCAAGGACAAAAAUCAGAAAGGGCUCAAGAUUCGCAAGGACACUCCCGGAGCGGAGAAACCCAAUUCUGCAGCUGCCGGCGUGAUGACUCCUUCAUUCAGGGAUGACGAGACCGGUGGCAAGCGUCUUGCGGCCGAGGAGUUGGCCGACCAGCUCCUUGCUCGGCCCACUGAACCGGUUCUAGAGGGCGCUCUGUUAGUUUGGGGGCUUUUGCUUUUUCAGGAUUUUACUUGCACAACCAUUGCCGUUUUCACAAACCUUCAAACACAGCUUCACCAAGAUACCGCCAACGAUUCGCGAAGCCACAACCUUCUUUAUCCGCUCUCCAAAUUUUCUGAAGGAGACGUCUGGAUCGAGUCCGAUCAGGGAAAGGUGCCUUUCGAACACCGGGGCGAGGUUCUCUGGGGAGACUCCCUUCCGGUGUCCCAGGGGCUUUGCUAUCUUGAUGCGCCGAACUGCCGACAUGCCACUUUGGCCUGGAAGGGCGAGCGCAGUAUUCUAGUGGGAUACACGGCCCAAGGAGCCGAUUGCAUGCAGACGCGCACAUUCCUUGAGAACUUGGAGUUUCCCCUGCCCCCCGAGGGCCCCAGGCCCAUCCCUAAGACUAGUCCCGAGCCCGUUAAGCCCUCCCUUGCUGUCGCUGACUCCUGUAAGCCUCUCUUCGUCGAGAUCUUCGCAGGCUGCGCGCGCCUUUCAAAGCAUUGCGAGGCUUUGGGGUUUGAGGUUUUAGCGGUUGACUCCCCUUGGAACCGUCAUGCACCUGAACACCCUCUUCUUGUGCUGGACCUUACGGAAACCAUGUGCCAAAAGCAGCUCCUGGACAGGCUACUGCUGCACCCCCCAUUCGCCAUUCACAUUGCCUUGCCCUGUGGUACGGGUAGCCGAGCCCGAGAAAGGCCCAUAAGCAAGAAGGCGAGAUUGGCAGGUGCCCCGGAGCCUGUCCCGCUGAGGGACAACGAUCACAUUUUGGGCUUACCGAACCUGUCGGACACCGACAAGGCCCGGGUUCGCAAGGCCAAUGAGCUGUGUCGCUUCGUUGUCGAGCUGAUUCGUGCCUUACCUUCUUCCACUUUUGUGAGCAUCGAGAAUCCCAAUAAUUCCUGGAUUUGGGGAGUGCUAGCUUUCUUCGUGCAAGAAUCUCGAGACCCUGCCCUACUCGAGAACUGGCGUCGCAUGAUCGAUGUGCGCUUUCAUAAUUGCAUGAAGGGAGGUCGACGACCCAAGCACAGUCGCUUUCGUUGCAGUGAUUCUCGCUUGUCUAGCAUGGCUGUGGAGUGCGACAAUCAACAUAGGCACGAUCCCUAUCUGGUCUAUCAGACCGGCCGACAGUGGAGAUUCAGUACCGCUGAAGAGGCGGAAUAUCCGCCUCAACUUUGCCAGGAGGUGUCGCAACUGCUGGCCGCGACAGCGGGUUUGCCAUCCUGCUUAGAACCGCCGGCAGGUCCCCGCGCUGUCUGGCCCCAACCACGUGGGAGCCACAAGCUAAUCCCUGAGUUCCUCGAGUUUCGCACCGAGGCUCCCCUAGAUAGGCCCUUUAAGGAGUUUACCUCGGGUUUAGGGGGUGGUUCCGGGAGGUUCGGGGUGUACAGAACGCCUACCGAGUUCAUCGAUUGUGCCCUAAAGCUCAGCCAUCCCUUUGAUACCCAGCACUGCGUCCCAGAUGCCGUCAAAAGGAACAUCUUCAGACGGCUGACCGAAGGACCAUCUGCUUUUGCUGAAGAGAGGCUCAGACUUUACAACAGGCUCAACCAGAUGGAGAAAGAACUUCGCUACGAGGAGGCGCGACUGCAUUCAACCCUGCCUGACCACACUCGCGAAGUCAUCAAGGGAAAGAACCUUCUGCUAUGGGCACAAUUGCUGAAGGAGACCAAAUUUCCUGAUGAAGGAGUCUUCGACUUGAUGAUGGGCGUCGAUUUGGUGGGCAAGCCAGACAAAUCACCCUUGUUUGAAACCAAGGAAUCGCCGGCUACAUCCACACCUGAGCUUCUCCUUGAAUCAGCUCGCUGGCGCAGAGAGAGGCUCAAGGGCCGUGAUCCGCACGAGAAAGAUCCGGAGGCGACCUGGCAACUCUGGGAUUGCACUCUAAAGGACCGGGACGACGGCUUUCUCACAGGGCCGUUCUACGAUGAGGACGAAGUGAAAAAGCACCUUGGAGUAGAGGAGUUCGUCUGUUCAAGAAGGUUCGUCAUCGAGCAGGGCACGCCGGAGAGGCCCAAACUUCGACCGGUCGACAACUACAAGGAGGGCGGGGUCAACGAAGCUUACCAUAGCCUCGAAAAGCUCGCCUUGUUUGAUGUCAACUGGAUGACGGCGAUGGCGACUUACAUCGCGCGGGUCUCGGAUGGAACUGGCGAUUUGGAGAUUGUUCUCAGCACGGGAGAAAUUCUACGCGGAAAGCUGCACUCUUCUUGGAAAGCUAAGAAGCCCGUCUGGCAGGGGCGAACGCUGGAUUUGGAAAAGGCGUAUCGUCAAGUUCCACUUUCAACGGAGUCGCUACGACUGGGGGUCGUCAUGGUCACGGACCCUAACAGCGGCAAGCCGUGCUACUUCGUGGCCCAGAGUUUACCCUUCGGUGCAUCAUCGUCUGUGUUUGCUUUCAACAGGCUGUCAAGAUCGAUCUUGCAUCUGAGCUGGAACUUGAUUGGCACGAUCUCAGGAUGCUUCUACGACGACUUCCCGCUUCUUGAAAUCCAAUCUUCUGCGAAGCUUGUCUCUGAAUCAUUCGAACACCUGCUGCGGAAGAUCGGGUGGAGGUAUUCCAACGACCCGGCCAAAACCUCGCCUUUCAAUGAGAGCUUCGAUCUACUUGGAAUACGUCUCAAUGCAGGUGACAUCUCCAAUGGCGUCGUGGUGCUCCAAAACAAGGCAUCAAGGCUGGAGAAGAUGAAAGAUACUUUCAUCCGCAUGGCGUUGAAUGGUGAAUGGGAUCUGCGACAGAUUCAGUCACUGCAAGGGCAAGUGAACUUCGCUUUGGGCUUUGCCUCGGGAAGAGCAUUUAAGAUGCUGCAGCGUGCACUUGGAAGCUUCAUCAGGAAUCCUGAAGAUCGCAGCGCGAGUGACUUCCAGACACUUUGCGAGUUCGGGAUCCGCUUGAUUGACGAGUGCAAACCAAGAGUCUUCGCCUGCCGAGGGCCGGAACAACCGGUGUUGAUCUUCACUGAUGCAGCUUACGAAAAAGGUGUCGCCACCUUCGGCGUGGUGGUCCUGGAUCCCUUCACUUCUUCUAAGCUAGUGGCCGGAGGUCGCAUACCGAAGACUCUGGUGGAAUUCUGGAAGCUUGACAGCCCCGAACAGGUGAUUGCUCAGGCUGAAGCUUUCGCCGUGGUCCUCGCAAGAGAAGCUUUCAGAAAUUUCAUCCAUGGCAGGCGAACCAUUUACUUCAUCGACAACGAGGGAGCGAGAGAAGUCUUGAUCAAAGGGGCGAGCAAGUCACGUACGCUUCUGCUUUUGGGAGCACGCUUCUUCGAGAUGGAAAACUUAGAUCAAAGCUUGACGUGGCUAGAGAGGGUUCCAUCUGCUAGCAAUGUGGCAGAUGGGCCGAGUCGUGGUGAGAUUGCCGAGACGGCGAAAAUCAUUGGUGGCACGAUCGUUGAUCUGCAGGAGAAGGCAGAAGAACUUGGUGUCUUGCUGCAUGUGCUGCAGAUACCAUGUGCCAAGGCUGCUCCGAAGACGGAGCCGAAAGCUAAGAGGGCCAAGUCCGGUGCCUUGGUGGUUGGGGAUGAUCCCACACCGGUGGAGAUGAAAGCCAGCAUUCAGAGGAUGCUGAAUCUUGUGAAGUACAAAGCCGACCCCGUGAGAAACAAGAGUGGGGAGUGCCAGAGCGAAGCCCAGCAAGUGCUGGAGGCCUACCGGCAGAUCGCCGACUCGGACCGAAAGGGAUUCAUCGCUGCCUACCAGAAGAAUGGCCUUAAGGACUUGAAGUGGGUGGGCCAGUACACCAAGAAGGUUGUGAAGGAGGAAGCCGAGGAGGAUGUCUCUAUCAAGGGCAUGAUGACAGCGUCGCGAAUUUUUGACCUGAAUGGCCUCAAGAUCAGCGACUUCCCAGAGAAGAGGCAGAAGGAGUUGCUGGAGGGUUUGCUCCAGGAAUCCGAGGAUUUCUGGGGGCACGAGAGGAACCUGGUGAAGCACAAGAUGCCCGAGCUCUGCCGGUACUUUUACCGGACCUUGGUGGAAAGCAAAGAUGCAACCCGAUCGACCGAGUCAGGCACCUUCGAAAUGAGUGCUAGCCUAGCAGCGAAGGAGAUGAAAAGCCUGCAGAACACCAAGGGUGAGGUGAAGUUGGAGCACCCCGAGCGGACCGAGCUGAGCAACUUGAGCAAAGUGGCCAACAGUGCAGUCAAGAGCCUGGAUGCCAAGCAUGGAGAGUUGAGCUCGGAAUGCAUUGCUCUCGAGAAUUGCCCCAAGCUCGCUAGCAAAGCGCCGGAGGUCCGGGUUACCCUGGAUGCUCUGAAGAAGUUUGUGGAGGAUCUUCGAAAGAUCCAGGUCCUGCUGGAUCGCAAGCUUCCCACGAUGGACGAGGCAGCCUGCAAGAACGAGAAAGCCGACAUGGAGCAGUGGAAUCGCAAUGCCAAUGAGCAUCUUGACAAUGUGAAGUUGUUGCUGAAGAAGGUUAAGGGUCGAUCUUCUCGAGCUGCAGACAGGGCCCUUUGCAUGCAAAAGGGCGAGUGCAGCAGCAGCUCGCAGACUUCAGCCGACAACUGUGCUAGCUUGCUGUGCAUGCAGGGUAUAGGUGCUCAAGUUUCUGAAGUUUGUUUCACUUCUGGAGCUGCAUGUGAAGCCAUGUACUCCAAGAACAGUCGUGGUUACAAUGAGGAAGACGUGCCUGAGAAGAAAAGGUUUCGGGCCAAUCUUUCGGAUGCUUUUUUGUCUGGGCAGAUCACAGCUGCCAGGACAGCUUCCCUUUUCAAGGAUGCUCAAUCUUCUGGUGCCAGUGGUGUGGACGACUUGGCCGCUGUACAAGACAAGAAUGCAGCCAGAAGCCUAAGAAGGAAAAUGUUGAAGGGGUCCCACUGGCCAGACUGCUGCUAUGCCGACAUAGAGCUGCAUGACCCCAAGCUGCAGGAGAACCGCCAGGUCUCCUUGCCGUUUUUGCUUCCCCAUGAAAUUCUGGGGAAGCUUUUUGAAUUUGGUGACUCAGCCUGGAUCCUGAGCCAGGAUGUGCUGCAAGAGGAUGCUGAGCUGAUUGGGAAGUUUUCUUUGUCGUGCCAGCCAGCGAGAGAUCCAGCGACAAUUCUGCCACUGGGGCUCUGGAAUGACGGGGUGCCUUGCAAUUGGGACAGGUCCCAAAGCUUGGAAGUUAUAGCUCUAAGUUUCCCAUCCAUUCCUGGCCUUCGAGUGCCGCUGUUCUGUCUGAAGAAGAUGUUUGAAGCCAAGAAGUGUACCAUGGAUGCAGCCAUGAAGGUUUUGGUGUGGAGUUUCGAGCAGCUGGCUCUUGGAAGGUAUCCUUCUCGAAGGCAUGAUGGCAGCCCCUUCGAUUUACGGGUCGACAAGGCACGUCUUCGUCUAGCUGGGUCAGAUUUGCCAGUUGCUUGUUUGACACAAAUCAGGGGCGACUGGAAAAUGUUCAAGGAUACCCUUUCCCUGCCAGCGCACAACGAAAACAAUGGUUGCUGCUGGCUUUGUCCCAUGACACCUGAUAAAGUGCACGAGGUGGAUUUGCAGACUUCCUGGAGACAUCAAUAUUUUGAUCAGGAGACCUUUAUCAUGAGGUGCUGGGAGGUGCACAGGUUCAUGAGUGCUGUGUGGCAGUUUCCAAAUUUUUGUCUCAAGGUCAUCAGGUUGGAUUGGCUGCAUAUUAUGGAUUUGGGUUGUGCUGCAGAUGCUGCUGGGGAUGUUCUGUACCACCUGCAAAGCAAGAUGCCUGGUUCCAAUAUUACCAAGCGAACUGCAGAGCUCUACAAAGAGAUUUCGCAGGAGUACAAGAACCAGGGUGUCGCAUCCGAUCGACUGGCCACAUUGACAGAGACCAUGUAUCGCAAGGAAGCUGGAAAAGCUCCAAAGCUCAAAGCCAAAGGUGCAGAAACCAGAAAGUUGAUACCUAUUUUGGAUGCUGUGUGCCGAAAGUUUUUGGACAGCUCAGGGGAUCUGGAUUCGGCAGUUUUGGCUUGCAUCUCUUUGCUUUUGGCAUGCUAUGCUGCUCUGGAUGUCGAGCCCUACGACCCCAGCCUCAUGGAGCGAGAGGAAAGGGCCAAGGAAUGUGGAUUGGCGCAAGCUGAGCUCGAUGUGCUUGUGCGUAAGGGACUGACUUCUCUGUCGCUCCUUGCCUUCAGUGUCUCGACCCCGGGUGAAGUGCCGCAGGAAGCUGAGCUCAGGUCCAUCCUUGAUCCCACGGAUCCCACGACUGUGCCAUUGCGUGCACUGUCGGCGCUGCGGCGCCUCAUGUUUGAAGCUCAAACUUUAUCCAUUGCACAACUCAAGAGCUCGAUCGAGGGUGAAGGUGAGAGGAAAGCGGAGUUGGCUCCUGCCGAACGUGCAAAUCGCCUGGCCGAUCAGCGUAAAAGGCUCAUCGGACUCAGCUUGACGGUUCCUCUGGAAAAUGCUUUCAGCAAUUACACUUAUGUCGCUCAGGUCGUUGAUCAGGAUUGCCUCUCCUACCUGGAGCCCCACAGGUUCCUAACCAGGGCCAUGGAGGUGAAUCGAGAGAAGCCGAAAAAGGUGAUCUUAGAUGAGGGCUCGCGUAUGAGUAUCCGCGACAAAUCCCACAAGGAUAAGUGUGGCAUUCAGAAUGAGCUGCAGCUCUCCGAAGCCCUGUGUCGUAGGUCACUUGCUUGUGAUCUUCUGCAGCUCUGCACGUUUGCCUCCAUGGACAUGUGGCACAGGCACCUGCUUGCCAAGCUGUCGGAACAACCGCCUCCUUACUAUGCCAAGGUUUCGAUGGAGCAGCUGCUCAGGUGCGACAAGGCGGCGUGGGUGCGCAUGAGUGAACUCUUGACUUCUCUAAAGAAGGAUGAUGCAGGUAACCUUCCGAUGGAUGCUGCGUUGGACAAGCUUCAGUACGAUCCAAAAAUCAUGAUGCAUCUGGCCCCGCUUCCUGGGGCUAAGUGGAAGGGCGAUGGAAAAGGCGACAAGGGCACCAAGCGCGAUGCCGAUGGCAAGCCGAAGUUGCCUCACCGUCCCAAUAAAGGCACUGGCAAAGGGAAGUGUCCUGAGGCGUUGUCCGACUCUCGCUUGAAGCACAACUGUAGCAAGACCAAGAAACGCUUGUGUUGGAAUUUUAAUAUGCAGGCUGCCGCUGUUGAGGCCGAUUCUCUUGUUGAUGAAGCGAUGAGCCCUUCGGUCUCGUCCCAUGCGGCAAACCAUGAUUGCAUGUCGGCACCGUUUGACCCGGUUGGCCCAUUGGAACGUCCCAAGCCAGCCUCAUCAGUGCUUGAUCGAAUUCCAAAUGUUGUGAUUGAUGAGCGAGUUUUUCCCUUGCCCGCUGAGCGGCAAGUGCAUGCCUCUUUGCAUCCAGCAGAGCAAUUUGCACAAGACGUUCUGUCGUCUGGUGAACCUGUGACAGCAACUUGUGUUGAGCAGCUUUUUAAUUUGUUACCUUCUAAGUUGGAUGAGCGAUUCAGUUCGGAUUCCGGCAGAUCCUUUGUCGCGGGUGUUUUCCGGCAUGGGGGCGUCGUUGGCCUCACGAACUCCUGCCGUUCGUUUCCCCAAUCGGUCAUUUUGGCCAUCACUUGGGCCAUGCAGCAAGCCGGGAACGAGUUGUCAAAUUUCACAUUUUGCUCGAUUUCUCUGAACCUCAACGUUAAGACUGAAGUUCACCGCGAUGUGAAUAACGAUGAUGCUGACAACCUCGUGCUGGCUGUCACCACUUUCUCAGGUGGACAUAUCUGGGUGCAAUCCGAGUCGGGCAGUCAUGUGCUGCCUGUCAAUGGGUCCUUGGUCCCUGGCGUCUUGUAUGAUGUUGCAGCAGCCCCAGUGCGGUUCUAUGCACGAAAGCGCUUGCAUUGCACAAUGCCUUGGACGGGCGAUAGGCUGGUCCUCAUCUUGUUUUCGGGCGGAGAUGCCACUCAAUUGCCCAGCCUUGACUUUGAGUCCGCAUUGCAAGCUCUGGAACAGUCCCUUGCUCGUGCCUGGGUGAACCAGACCGGCCACCACCAACGUCUCUCGUGGCUCGAAGGGAUCAUUCAGAGCUUGCGGGCCAUGAAUACCUUUAGUGCCAGCAUCUUGCAGCAACUUGCUGGUGUCACCCGCGAGCAGCUCGACGGUGCCUUGCCUCCGGCGCAGGCCACUGUUGGGCCCCCUGAGCUUCCGUUUGCACCUGUGCCCGAUCUUGGGGAUGCCUUUCCUGCAAAUCCAUCUCCUGCAUCUGCUUCUGCGGAUAACUGGGGGUUUCUAGGAUUUACUGGUGACUUCGAAGGGUUUGCCGAUGACCUCGCAGUGCCUGUCUCUGAAGUCGAAGUCCAGCAGCAAACUCACGAGUUUCCACCUUCCCCUCCCGUAGGGUUUAACCCCAAUCACUUCGAGGCCCAUUUAGCAUCCCUCUGCGAGCCAGAUGAGCAAGCCCCUUCCCUCUCCCUUUUAGGGUCGGGAGAUGAAAACACUGCUUGGUAUGAAGAUGUUAGGGCCAUGAGUGAGUCACAUUUUUCAUUGGUGCCAAGUGCCAGCAAAAGAGACUUUGGAGAAGAGGUCCGUCCUGGUAGGAUUGCUCGUGCUGUGGGCGAUGAGCGCUCACGUACUGCCGUGGCAUCUCCUGCCCUGCCUUGGGAGAGAGGAGUCUUCAGAGCCAUCUUUGGGGAUGAGGGCUUGACUAAUCCCUUUGAUAACCUUGUGCUUAAGAUGCCUGGCCCCUUAGUCCCAGCACAUGUGCCGCCGGCUGAGCCAAAGAUCCCUGAGCCUCCCAUACCUUCAGCUGACAUCGCGAGCAGGGCAUUCAAAUCCUUCAAGGAUGUACAUCCGAGCGACGAGCGUGAUAUGGUCAUGGACCGAGCGGUGUGCAAACUGCAGCACAUCAUUUGCCGCACCGAUGUUGACCGUUUGUCACCUGAACUUGCACAAGCAGCCUCUUCCAAAGAUGCAACAGACGAAGUGUUUGGCAUUGUGUCAGCUUGUGUAGGUCUUCGUAGUCCUCACACGGUUGUGAAGCGCGCCAACGCGAUCCUUGCAUACUUGAGAUGGUGUGACAAGGAAGGUUACGAGAAGCCAUUUUGUGAGGAUUCUGUGUGGAGCUUCAUUUCCUACUUAAAGAAAGAGAAGGCAGCUCCUACCCGUGCAACCUCCCUCAUUUCAGCUUUGCGCUUUGCGAACUUCGUUUUAGGGCUGAGUGUGUCCGAGGUUCUUGCGAGCCGUAGGAUUCUGGGCCUCAGUGCCCAGCUGGGUGUCAAAAAGAAAGCGACCAACCGAGCCCGGCCUCUCAAAGUGUCAGAGGUUCGCUUCAUGCAUGGCGUGCUAGAGGACGAGAGUGCACCAAUCUGGGACCGAGCCAUCUGUGCCUACCUUCUUCUUGCACUCUACACAAGAGCCAGACACAGUGAUCUGGUUCUUGUAGAAGAAGUGAUAGCAGACUUUGAUCGCCAGUGCAGCGGAUACCUAGAGAUCCGCCUCAGAUUCCAUAAGACGGCACAAACCAUUGCAAAGAAAAAUGAUUUGUUGCCGGUUAUAGUUUCAAGCAAGGGCAUCGUGAAAGGCGACUGGCUGGGGUUGGCUACUGAUGUAUUUGAGCGUGUGGGCCUCACCUUGGAUGGGUCGUCGGAGUGCACAACCAUGUUGAAAAUGGUCCUUGAGCGGGCCGGGUCAGAUGUGUCAAUGGUCACCUCUCACUCGUUGAAGAGAACCCUGCUUGAUUGGGGCUCCAAGUUUUGUCUUGAUGACGGGAUUUUGGCUUUGCUUGGGCGUCACAGUAAGUGUGUCAAAGGAAGCGUGCCCGUCUAUGCUAAGGAGGAAGCCUUGAAAGCUGUUAGGGCUCUUGAGCCUAUGUGCCAAGCAGUGGCCGCGGGAUCGUUCCACCCAGAUGCUGCCCGAGCCUUGUACUUUACGGAUCCCCCAGCGCCAACUGUGGUGCCACAAGCGCCCGAGUUCAGGGCGGCUGUCAAGGCGAAGGUUGAAAUCAUCAAUGAUUCAGCGUCCGAGCGGGCUGAGUCCGAGGGGCAGCACUCUUCAAGUGGCAGCGAAAGCAGCGAUUCCGAGUCACAAGACGACUCCGACUCGUCGUCCGAGUCAAUUGCGCCGAUCAAAGCGCCCCGCCUGGAAAUCGAGCAGUGGGAUGCCGCUGACUGUGCGGCCAAUUCCAGGUACCUCGAAGUUUUGACGUGCACAGUGGACUGUCCGAAGCUCCUUUUGCUCGCCAUGUCCUCGUUAAUCGAUAGCGGUGCACACUUUAAAAGGCGUGCGGAUGAGGUCGGCCUCAGCAGUGCCGGGUGGACGAUCCUUCAAGCCCUUGGCGUUACCUCUGUAGGUAAGGCGGCGUACACCAUCACGUCGCCAGGUGAGCCAGUCACCGAACCCAUAUUCCGAGAUUGGGUUGCCGACAAUGCUGCAGGUAUGACUCUGGGUGAUCAAUCAUGCUUGAAAAGGCUCGUGUUCGAGUCCCAGACUCUGGUCGUUGCUGAGUUGCGCGACCAAGUAUCCGGGUCCCAAUCGUCUGCCCCUCGUCGUGUUCCCGAGGCUGAGCGCGACCGAAGACUGAAUGAUCUUAGGGCGGCCCUCCCAGGCAUCACGCUGGAGGGCGUGAACAUGCCAAGCAAUGCCCUGUUGGAUUCAUGUUGUCAGCAAGAGCGAGACAACUUGCUUAAGUACAUCCCGCCUGAGAAGGCCACGAGCCGCACCCAUGAACUCACGAAUCCCAGACCGACCCAUCAGGCGCUGCAGGUCGAAGCAUCCAAGAUAGUUCUCAAGAGUGACGCUGAUGCCGUUGAGUAUCAACCGGUCAAUGCGCUCCAGACCAUGGAGGCCCUUCGGCGACGAGGUUUGGCCAUGGUGUUUGCACAGAUGAUUUCAUAUGAUGCCUACGAUCGGUAUGUGAAUCGUCUCUUUAACCACCUGUCCCGUGACCCGCCGCCAGGGCUCAAUCGCGUGAAUGUGACACAAUUGGUUAACGCCGACAAGCAGGUGUUUGCACUGCUGGCCGAAUGGGGUGUCAAACCAAGGAGGGAUACCGCAGGCGAGUAUCCCCUUGACCGAGAGAUGCACCGUGCUUUGGAAUCCUACGAGGUAUCCAUUGCCCUCAUGCACCAGGCCGGUGGCCUUUGGAUCGAGGGGGCUGGUGAAGAGGUUUGUCCUGACCCCGGGCAUCCCGAUGCCAAGGGCCAUGUUCUGCAACUGCAUGAGCCGAUCCAGUUCGAUGCGCACCGGCUGCAUGCGACCUGCCCGUGGACAGGAAAUCGCACUGUGCUAGCAGCUUUCGUAAUCAAUGAUUUCCACAAGUUGGACGCUCAGCACCGCCAGCUUCUUCAGCACACUGCUUUUCGCUUGCCAAACCUGUCUACUGGCGAGCUCCUGCCUUUGCGCCCAAGCAUCGCUUCACGGUUCCCAGUGGUCCUUGAAAUUUUUGCGGGUACAGCUCGUGUGACCGCAGCCUUGCGUCGCUGUGGCUUUGUCGGGGCCCAAGGUGUUGAUCACGUGGUCGUGGAUCAUGCUGCCUGUCCUGUGCUGUUGGCCGAUCUGACUACGCAAGAGGGCCAGCGUUUGACCAUGAUGUGGCUUUCCAGCCCUCAUGUUAUCGGUGUCUUCAUCGCUCCACCGUGUGGCACAAGCUCUCGCAAGCUUCUCGGCUCUAGCGUUGUUUUCUGUGAGUGUGGGUGGGGUGGUGGUACAUAUCGUCAGCUCAUCAGGCAUGCUAUGGCAGAGACAUGGUAUUUGCUACCGUACAGCUCUCACUAUGCUCACGAUCAGGUCAUCAACGGUCGGAUGAUGGCCUACAUACUCGACGGUACACAAUUACGAGAUGGCGGUUCUCUCGGCCUCUUCUUCUGGAGUGUGCGUAUCACUGGCCUCCGGAGCACAGGUGGUGGCAUGUCUUGGAUGCUAUUCCGGUCUGUGCUCCCUUCUGUUGUGGCUCUGGCCUCGAUACCUUCAUGCGUCGCCUACACGGCCCCAACCGGGACGCAUUUCUUGCAUUUCCUGCCUGCCUGCAGCUCCUGGUGUGCCGUGCAAGAUCCGUUCCAAGAAGAGUGGCAGCGACAGUUUGGACAGACUUAUCAAGAGUCUUAUUUGGCGCGGUCGUAUGAGCCACUGCUUUCCGACAAUCAGGCGAUGGUGGUGGUGUUUACUGUCUGCUAUUCCAGCUGGUCCUAUGCUGGUUCUGCAUCAGCCUUCGCAUCGGUCUGUGCAACGAUCUGGGCCUUGUGCCCAUUUCUCUACCUGGCCACAACACGCUCGAUCUUUCAUCAUGUGCUGUCUUCACAGGCCUCAGUGUCCCAGCAAGCGUCCCAUAUCAAGGUCUGUGGCAAGCCGAUUCUACCAGCCGACACCAGCAGGCUCGACUGCUUCAGCAUUCACAAUGGAGUGCAGCCGUGGCUCGUGCACCAGACAAUGAUCCGACAGCUCGUGGACCAGACUUCGGGCUCGCAGCCCAUCCUCUACUCCAGGGACAGGAAGCUCAAGAAGACCUCCGACGCCACCAAGGCGGUGCAGGUGGGCAAAUGCGGUCUCAAAGCACAGUCCAAAGCUCGUCCCCGAAGGCUGGAUACAAAUGCUCCGGAAAACCCGGAGGAGGCUCCUGCUCCUGGUCCAAAGGACACUCGUGCCGAACGUGAUGAUCUUCGCCGUCAAGCCGCUGAUGCAGUGCUGACAACAGCCCCAUGGAAAAGACGCCAAAAAGCCAGAGCAGGCGCCCGCGAGCCUGCCACGGAUGGUGUUCCCGAGGGCCCUGCUCGACCGACCACAACCUCAGCCAACCCUGUGGCCAGUAUGACUCCUCUUCCGACUACGACAACCUCGCGCCAGGGUGAAGCCACUGGGAAGAAUGCUGCAGCAUCGAGUACUCCGAGCAAGCCCCUGAGUAAGGUCCCAUACACAGCUGCUGGUGCCGACCCACAGGAGGAAAUCAUGGAGCUACGUUUCGAUCAACUUCAGGAAAUGCAACGAUCCGCAGCCAGCCGGAGACACAGUGUUAUACAGCGUGCACGCAUACAGCAGCAGCAGAAUGCAUCUUCGAGUACAGAUGUUGCGGAUGCUUCGCUAUCUCAUGCACCUACGACGGUCUCAAAUGCCUCCUCUGCAUAUAUGAAAAAGCGUCCACCGUAUGCAGCCCUCAGCCGUCUCGCAUGCUUUAUUCUGUGCGGCUACAUUGCACCUGUGACAGGUCUGUACACAAUCGUUGCUCGAUGUCUGCGUGGUGCCUACAAAAUGCAGUGUCCUCUGAUCCACAUCUUUCUGUCAGGGUUGGAGCACCUUCGGUGGGUGCUCCGGGAGCCGCGCAAACGGUACUCCCCGGUCGCCAUCAGGCGAAGCUACACCGACAACGCAAAGAACAAGGAGACCUGGAGAAUUGCAUCUGAAUUCUCCACACAGCAUUGGCACUGGAUCCUGUCAGGUGCCGGUCAAACUGCCAAGGCCAAUAAUGGCAGUGGUGUAGCUGUACUGAUCAACAACAAGCUAGCCUCAUCGUCACACAUUCGCUAUCAGGAAUGGCUCCCAGGCCGUCUUCUCGAGGUUCGCAUUACGGAGGACAAGCGACGUCCUCUUCUGCAUCGACCCAUCACCCUUGUGUGCGCCUAUCAACACUCCAGAAUCUCUCACAGUCCUGAGGUGUACGCAAAACGGCUAAGGUUCUGGGAGAAGCUCCAAAAAUGCCUGGAUGCAGUGCCGACCCGGCACACCCUGAUCUUUGGUGGAGAUAUCAAUACUGGUAUCUCCCCGAUGUCGCGGCUCGUCGGCAAAGGUGCUCAAGUCAGUACCAACCCUGCUCAGGACCAAUCCGAAUGGCAGGACAUUGUACAACAGCACCGUCUUUGUCUUCUGAAUACCUGGGGAUCGCCGGCCAAAACUGCUACAUAUGUGGGUGCGGAAUAUUCUACACUGAUUGACUUCCUGGGUGUCAGAGAGCGAGACCAGCCCGUGGAUGCAAUUAUGCACCCUAUGCACAUUGACGCCAUCCUGCGACAUGGAUCCCAGGAACUCUUCCCGGGCACACGCCUCGGCUCUCGCCCGCACGUGCGCAACUUCGCCGACAUACCCUUGGGCCUCCACUUCGUGUUGCCUUUCAUCUAUGGCGUGCUCACUGGCGACUUGUCAAAGCCCGCGGAGGAGGCCUAUCACAAGCAUGAAUAUUUGGCACAGCAUUGGGGUGAAGGAGAGCAUGCAGGUGAUGAGGACAUUGCUAGAUUGCUAGUCCAUCAGGCUGGCACUUAUCGUCAUGGAAACGUGGACGACCCUGACUCCUGGAUGGAUAUUGACAGUGCUCAGGGCGUGAGGCAAGGCUGUAUGCUUGCCCCAUGCCUGUGGCUCUUGUUCGUCGCAUACCUCUUCCAUCACCUGGACACGACAAUGGGAGGAGCAGAUUCAUGGACAUGCCAGCACUCCACUGCCUUCGCCGAUGAUCUUCACUUCAAGUGGGAUCUUGACGAUCCCAAAGCCCUGGAUCGGAUGAAGAUGGAGGUCGCCACGGUACUCUCAGUGCUCAAGUCCUUUGGUCUUCAGAUCAGCGCAGAAAAAUCCACCAUGUUGAUCGAGAUCCGCGGAACAGCAGCCGAUGUUUGGUUGUCCAAGAACGUCUACAAAGAUGCUGAGAACAACAAACACUUUCGUUAUGACACGUUUGCCAAGCUCUCUAUCCCGCUUGGUACCCAUUUCAAGCUGCCAUCCACCAUUCCCGUCUUCGUCGCAUUCUGCAAGGACGCGGGGGCAUCAGCCGGCAUCAACGACUUCGACUAUGGCGUAUGCGGUCAGUCUUUUCCGUCUUUACAUUUGGUGAAGACCCAUGAAGGAAAAGCCCAUAAGAUCUUGGCGCCGAAACGGGAGCUGCCCCAGGAUCGCUCCGUCUACUCCAUAAACGGACUCCCGCAAUGCCGUUUUUGUGGCUACAAAUUCACGAAAUGGAGUGGCCUCCAAAGACACAUACAGCGGAACGGCUGCCCGAUUCUUCGCCAUGAAGAUCCCGCCACCUUUGCCACAACCGGGCCCGCAACUACAAACAAGGCUGAAGAUCCUCUUCGUACUACACAACAUGCAUGGGUGGCCGACUCGACCAUGGCCACCACUAUGCCUUCAACUGGAGAUCAACCUUUGGUCCAGGAUGCGCAGCUACAGCAGGAUGCCAGCAAGUACACGUGGACCAAGGUGCUUCACAUGUGGCGUACAAAACAUGACUUCACGAAUGUGUGUGUGUUCUGUGGUCAAUGGGCAGUGGACGCCAGUGCUCUCAAACAGCAUUAUGCCAAGCAGCAUCAGGCACUCACCAAUCCGUGGAUCGCAGCAUAUCGGGCCGAGUGUAAGCAGCUAGCUAAAGUUGCCGUUUCUAAGUGCCGCUUCUGUGGUACCACCACCACGGUCGAAAUGGAGGACAUGCAGGACUUCGAUGCCGAAAGCCAGAUCCAGAGCCUCCUCGGGGGCCUCUCCUCAGUAGUGGACCUCAAACCACUUCUGAAUCCAACGCCAACACCGGCGCGCAAUCAGUCCCAUCUGACCAACAAGCGUCCGAGGGCGGAACAGUGGACUCGAGGCACCGGGAGCAAGGGCGGCGGCAAGGGCAAAGGAGUGGCCUCCAACGGUACUUUAUCACAGGAGGAUCUUCAACAGCUCCUCAGGCAGAUCGUCAUCCUUCUCCUACGCCAAGGCGACCAGCUCAAUCGGCUACAGACGGAUACAGGAUACUAUUUGGUCUUUCAAGUCCCGGGCGAUGCCACCAUGGUACCAGUUCUGAUUGCGGGAGCGCUCGAAUGGCGCAAUCAGAAGAAGGCUGACCCGACCAAGCUCACCAUGUCUCUCCGCAUAGCCCUCAUCGGACUCUUCCUCAAGGAGCUUCAGAUGCGUCUGGAAAAGAUCCGGGCCAACGACCAACUUCAGGAGAAGCUCAAGGAGCAAGGCCUGAUGACGGACGAAGGUGCUUGGACAUAUCGCCAAUGGUGUCCCAAGAACAAAGCACUUCAGCUACAGCUCAGCCGGGAUCCGAUCAAGUGGGACGUCCUGAUGACACACAUCACGAAUGCUCUACAGGGACUGAACAAUCAGGAUGGCCCUCCCGCAGCCGGGGACCCCUUCGACGAACACCUGGAUGGUCUACUUCGGGAUGACCAAGAGGAUGUUCAGCAGUUGGACAUCGUGAGUAGUGAAGGAUUAGCAAGUCAUGCUGAGAGCGAGAUUUUGGAUUUUUCUGCGGAUGAGAGAGAGUGGUAUUCUCAAGUUCAGGACAAUGACUUGGGAAGCUUUGAGUGCGUGGAAGAAGAGAUACCUGCCUCCUCUCCUGCUGCUCCGCUACUUUUGCCAGGAUCACAGUCCAAUAAGCUGUCUUGGCUUGAGGGACCGAUGGCUGAGCUUGAUGCUUCUCAGAUGGUGGCUGCAGCAGUUCACAAGAGAAGGAGGUUCGAGUUACCACGUCAGCCUUGGGAGACAAAGCCUUCACAUCUUGAUCAGUGCUCGGAUUUUUUCUUGAAGUUUUCGACUUCUGUCGGGGUGAGUGUUGGCCAGAGCGAGGCUGCCGAAAUCGGUGACGCGACGGCUUCACAGGCUCCCGCUCCCCCUGAGGAUCAGCACGUGGGUGCCGCCGAUGUGGAGUCUUCUGAGUCUGCCGAGUCAAUUGUGGGGUAUGAGCCAAUGCCGCGUUCCGGCCAGGAGCUUAGACCGCCUUUCGAAUGCACCGUGGCCGAGCUUCGUGUGCAUAGCCUGUCUGGCAUCGUUCAUCGACUCAGGGACGAGGGCACUUUCUUUUGUGGGCGUCCCCUGACAGACAGAUACAGGGACUUCGAGGAAGACGAUGCCGAUGACCCGGACACCUGCCAUCAGUGCAGCGUGGAUCCGGCGCCCGUUGGCUCAGACAGUGGCCGAAGCAUUCUGCUUCGAUACUGUGACAACGGCCUCAGCAACGAUCUUCUCGGUAAGUUGAUUGAAGCCGGCUACAACACAUUUGGAAAGCUCGCUUUCGCCGCUUCUUCCACACCGCAGGGUUUGACAGACGAAGCUGUCGAUUCAUGGCUAGCCACUGUGGUCACCCCGUCUCCUGGUUCCUUUCAGGUUUCGGUGAUCCGUAGGUUGCUUUUUGAAUCGCAAUCACUCAAUGUGGCGGAUCUCAAAUCUAGGGUCGAAGGCACGCCGGAAGGUUCCGUGCGUCGCCUGCCCCAGGCCGAGAGAAAGGAGCGCAUCGAGGCGCAGCAUCGUAGGCUGUCGGGUCUCAUUCUGACUUCGCAUACCACUCCUGCCCAUAGCUGUAUCGACCUUGUGACUGACAUGUACGAGAAUAACACACUCAAGUACAUUCCGAUUAACAGAUGGAUAUCCCGCUUCCAAGAAAUGUCUCUUCAGAAGAAGGAUUCUGCCGUUCAGAUGGACAACGAGGGCAACUUGAAGGUCGUCCAGAAAAAGCCGGAGCCGACGUGCGACACCACUGGCAUGUACCCUCUCCGGCAGGCCUUCCAGAGACGGUCGUUAGCAUUUGAUCUAGGUCACUUGUGCAGCUUUGAAGCAAUGGAAACAUGGAUCAACCAACUCUUCGAGGCAGUUCAGCGUACCGUGCCAAAGGGAUAUGUAGCAGUCAGCUUGGGACAAGUCGUUACGGCAGAUCGUGAGCUUUUUGUCCGGUUGGCUGACAAGCUUGAAGGACAAUUGCAGAAACCCAUAGGUGUGGAGAAACCCAUGGAUGCAGCUUUGCGUGACCUCUCGGGUAGCCAGGAGAUAAAUCAAUUUCUCCAGCCGCUGGCAGCUCCUCCUCCUGCACCACAUCCCACGAAGCGCCCUUUCAAGGAGCUUGCCACGCCUAACAAAGGCGACGGAAAGGGCAAGACAUCCACCAAGGGCGGCGAGAAGGGCGGUGGCAAGGCACCUCGUGUAACCAUUCCGGAUGGCUGUGCGGCCAAAGUCCUCGCGCAGGCCAUUUUGGCCAGAGGGAACCAUCAUACCCCCAACGGGGUCAUUGCCGUGACUUCUUUUCAAGGAGGUGGCAUCUGGAUUGCCGAUGGAUGCGGGCCUCACAAACGGACAAUCAAAGGUGACAUCGUGAAAGGCUCAAUCCUUAGCCUCGAGACCCCGAUCACUUUUGAUGCCUUCAAAUACCCUCACGAGACGGAAAGCUGGGUUGGCGAUAGAUUGGUUUGCGUGGCCUUCACUGAGCAGCCGCCUGUGAAAUCAGACUCCUGGGUUUACGAGCUCUUCGCUGGCACUGCCCGCUUCAGCAAGGCUUGCAAGGAUUUGGGCCUACCGUCACUGAGUGCAGCGUCUCAGCAGAGCCUUGCCGUGCGCAAGGCCAAUGUACUGUAUCGCUUCGUUUACAAGCUUCUGCUACACUGUUCUGCUUCAGGCAUCAAUGUCAGUGUCGAGAAUCCCCGGACUUCGCUUUUCUGGAAGGUUCUUCAGUGCUUUGCCGAGGCCGAGGGCUUGCUCUGGCCUCCGGCCGCCUUGGAGUACGUUGAUUUCGACCAGUGUUGUCAUGGUUCCGAUCGCCCGAAGUCCACUCGUUUCUUGUGCACUCGAGGCUUGUUCCACUCGCUUCGAGCUACUUGUCCAGGCACUCACGAGCAUCGCCCGUGGGGCCUUGUGUUCCAUGAGCGUUCUAUGCAGUUGUCGUCUUCUUCCGUGUCGGCAUACCCCGUUCUGCUUUGCAAACGCAUGGCCUCCUGUCUGGAGAGCGCGGCUUUGUUCCUGGGUCUGUCUUUGCAGGCCUCUCGUGACCUGGCAGCCAGCUCUGUUGCUGUUCUUGGUCGGCAGCACCGCCGAUUUCCCCCCUUGAUUCCUGAGUUUCGCAAGGUCACUUGGGAGCCGCCCUCUUUCCAGCCUGACGACUCUUGUCGCAUCCUUCUCUCUCAGAUUGCUGGGGAGGAUAGCGGGAGAGAGAAUGCAGCCGAGGACGCCGACAAGGAGGUGAACCCUCCUACAAAGCUCCCCAGAGUCGCAGAUAAGGUGUCCAGCAAGGUUCACUCCUCGGUUUUCCCUAAUAGUUCCGACCCUCCCCAAGGUUCGGUUAAGGUAGGGUGGUACUUGUCGAUGCAGGAUCACGUGGCAAAGGCCUUGACCUUAAAGCAUCCCGUCGACACUGCCGUAGCCCUUGAUCAGGAUCAGCUUGAUGCCAUCAGCUUCUGCAUGAAAAACACAGAGAAGGAGGUGGUAGAUCAUCGUAAGCUUCAACUUAUGAAGAUAAAGAUCCUCGCCAAAAAGUUUGAGGCCGACGAGGCUCGAUUGCAUUCUUCUUUCGACCCUUGGUUCGAGAAAGUUGUGGCGGGAAAGCGUCUUCUUCUGUGGAAACACCUUCUUGAGCAGAACAAUUUCGAUGACAUGCAAGUCUGCGAUUUCAUGAUGUCGGGCGUCCCGAUUGUUGGGCAGUCAGCCUGCCCUCAGCCUUUCAGCAGAAAGAUUGUGCCGGCUACCAUGACGGAGCAGGAUCUCAAGGGUACCGCUUCGUUUCGCCGAAAGGUCAUGACUGGAUCCAGUGGCAUGCAGGCAGCCGAUCUGCAAGACUUGCUGUCGAAGGCUACGUUGGACGAAGUCGAUCUGGGCUUCCUGGAAGACCCAUACACCGAGAGCCAAGUGUCUGCUUUCUUCCACUCUGACGAUUGGAACUGCAUACGAAGAUUCCUGAUCCUUCAAGGAGCCGAGAACAAACCUAGACCCAUAGAUGACGGGCAUGAGGCUUUGAUCAACAAUUGCUUCACGGCCACCAUAAAGUUGGAGCUCCAGAACUCUGACUUUGUGGCGGCUCUAGCGGCAAGGAUUGCCAUCGAAGAGGCUGAGAGAUCUCGCGCUACAGGCGAGCCCCCAAGGUCGUGGCUGGGCAAGUGCCUCGAUUUAUCGAAGGCGUACAAGCAGAUGCCAAUGAAGAAGGAGCACCGCUCUCUCGCUGUGAUCUACCACAAGGGCCCUGCAGGCGAGGAUCAAUUCUUCAUUGCAAAUUCGCUGCUCUUCGGACUCACUGCUUCGGUUUACGGGUUCGUGCGCACGAGCAGAAGCCUUCACAAACUGCUGCUUAAGAUUUUCAAGUUGCCCAGCUCAGUGUACUUUGAUGACUUUCCGAUGUUUUCGACAUCGCUUUCUUCCAGUGACACUGACGGCAUCAUCAGCGAAUUCUUAGACAUUCUGGGCUGGGGCCAUGCCAAGACAGGCAGCAAAUCACAUCCCUUUGCGGAAGUUUUCUCCGUUUUGGGAAUGCAGGUCGACUUGAGCAACUUGUCGAAGAGAAGCAUCGUCCUAUCGAACAAACCUGGCAGGAUCGAUCGGAUCGUGGAGAAGCUUGAAUCAGUGGCUGCUUCGGGUUUCCUUACGAUUCAUCAGGCCCAGAUUCUGCUGGGCUUGCUCAACUUUUCAUCGGGUUUCUUUGCCGGUCGUGCCCUCAAGCAAUCUUGCAAAUGGCUAUCUGGUUUUCUGGCCGGAGACAGGCCUUCGCCAAAGACCGUCAGCGAGAUGUGCAGGCACACGAUCAAGAUUCUUUUGAGCACACCGCCCCGCUUCAUAAGCUGCGAUUCGACUGGAGAGCCUCCUAUCCUGGUAUGGACUGAUGGAGCUUGGGAGCCUGCCAAGGCCUUCGCCGGGAUCGGUGCAGUAAUUCUUGAUGCGAGCAGCGGCGUAUCUAGAGUUUUCCAAGGUCAGGUUCCUGAGCGCCUCGUGGUUCGCUGGCGUGAGGAGGUCGGGGAGCAAAUCAUCUGCGAGGUAGAGCUUUAUGCUCUCCUGAUGAUCAGGGCCGGCCUUCAGAAUUUUCUUUCAGGAAGACGAAUCAUUUUCUUCAUUGACAAUGAUGCCGCUAGAUCUGUGGUGCUGCGCGGUCAAAGCAGAAGCGACGCGAUGCAUCGCUUGGCCAUGGCUUUGUCCAUGGUCGAUGCCGUCGCCCCUUGCAUAUCGUGGAUAGAGAGAGUGCCAUCAUCUUCUAACAUCGCGGAUUGGCCCUCCAGGGGCGAAGGUUGGAAAGCGCAGAAGGUCGUUCGCGCAGCGAAGGUGGAGCCUUACUUCGUCGAUCAAUCUUUGAUUGCCCGUGCUCUUCGCAUCGGCUGCGGCCCGGAUGCCAUGGUUCCACUGCUGGACAGUUUGCGUCAUACAAAGUACAAAAAGUACACAAGCUCUCGCGCCCGAGAGAUUGCACUCCCUGGGCCUUCUCCCGCCCCGCUGCGAUCACUCACUUUUCCCGACGGGCUGCCCCAUCUAUCUGGUCUCAACCUGGUGCGCGUCAACCGGGCUAAUCAGCUGUACCACUUUACAUCAUCGCCGUGGAAAAUCCGCGGAGCAGUCUCUACUGGUCCACCAGCUUCUGGGCUGCUGCGGCCUCCUUUUGUCCUAUGCAUACUGAUUUUCAACACUGUGCCUUUGGCGGUCGCCGGCCCAAGUGGACUCGCCUUUGCCACAACCACCAAGCCUUCCAUGCUUUGCAUCGCGUCUGUCCGGGCGGUGCCUGUGCUGCCCAACAUUUGCCGUGGGGUCGUUCUGAAGACGGCUCCUUUGCCACCGCCGGUGAAAGCGCUUACCCGCCGGCCACUUCCGGCCUUCAGCCCAAAGCUUCGGCGGUGCCGCCCCUUGUCCCGUGUGCUUGUGAUGACCGGCCCAAGUGAUGCCACUUCCUUGCCGACCCUUCGCGCCCGACUGCCCGAGCCGUGGUCUGACUCGCGCUUCGCGCCUGCUGGGCCCGUGCCAGCCCACAGUCAAUUACUCCGAGCGGAUAAGAAGGGAAGUGAUCGACUUGAGUUGGCCUGGGGCAUAUCUUGGUCUCCAGAAGAGUUCAUACAUAAAGCGGUCCAAGCGGGACAUCCCAAAAAGUUUGACUCGCUACUGCCUUCUGCACUGAGCCACAGCAUAGACGUAAAUGCAAAAACAACGCCGGCCGAUAGAGCCGGCCUCAGAGCCGAAUGGUUUGCAAAGUGGACCAAACGUGCGGCUGAACUUUCGGGGGACGAAAAGAAGCUCAAGAGCUCUCUCCCCGAGUACGCCAGGAAGAUCGUCCUACCAAAAAGGAUUUUAUUGUGGCGUGAGAUUCUAGAGGAUCUCAAAUAUCCUGACAUUGGAGUGCUGGACGAAAUGCUUGAAGGAGUGCACUUGACAGGUCAGACCCCUUGCACAGGGGUCUUUCCUGGGGCCUUUAAGCCAGCAAAAAGGACUUCGGAACAGCUGCGCUCCAAAGCUAGUGAGUCCCGCCAGAAGAUCAUCGAUGCGAUCAAAUCGCAGGGUCACCUGGAUGAAGCGCUAGAGCAAAAGGUCGACGAAGAAGUGGAACUCGGCUGGCUGUCCGAGCCGAUAGACCCGGCCGAUUUGCCGGAAGACGCCACAAUCAGCAGGAGGUUUGCGAUCGAGCAGUCAGGUAAGAUUCGCUUGAUAGACGACCUGAGUGAUAGUGGUGUUAAUGGGUCUGUCCAAACCACCGAGAGCCCCAAACCUCAAUCCCUUGAUGUGGUGGCCGCCAUGGCCUUGGCCUGUCUUAGACAGCUGCCUGGGACUCCCAUGCUAGGGAAGACGUUCGACUUAAAGAGCGCAUACAGGCAAAUGUUUGUGUCUCCGGACGACCUCAAGGAAGCUUACAUUGCAUACUUCAGCCACCGCGAACGCAAAGUGAUCGUAAGGCAAAUGCUUGCGCUCCCAUUCGGGGCGACCAGAGCGGUGUUCUCUUAUUUGAGAGUGGCGCACUCUAUGUGGUACAUUGGGUGCUGGGCACUGAAGCUGAUUUGGUCGCAUUUCUUCGACGACUUUCUGAGUCUGGCGACUCAGAUCGAGGCCAAAGCAGUUGACCUGGCGAUAUCAUCAUUGUUCAGGUUGCUAGGGUGGAAAGUCUCGGAGGACAAAGACAAGCCCUUUGCUGAGAGUUUUGCUGCGCUUGGGGUACGGGUUAGCUUUGAACGAUUUUUGCAAGGGGAAGUCCUGUUCCAUAACACGGACAAGCGCAUCUUGGAGGUCUCGGCCACGCUGCGCCAUGCAGCUGAUGAUCCGGCUCUCACCCAGAAGGACCUGUCGCGCAUUCGGGGUCGCAUGGUCUUCGCAGGGGGCCAGCUCUUCGGAAGAGCCGGCCGGCUAUGCGUGGCCGCCCUAGCUGGUGAAGGUUGCUCGACCAAGGCUAACCUUAGCAACGACGCAAAGCAAGCCAUGCUUCAGUUUGCCGACCUGCUUGAAGCCAAUUGGCCGCGCGUGCUGAGAGAUGUGUCGGCAGAUCCUGUGUAUAUCUUCACUGAUGCCUCGUAUUCCGAGGUGAGUGGAGGUACUUUCUGCGGCAUAGGCGGAGUCUGCUUUGACCACAAAGGCCGCCCCGUCCCUCACUUCCCGUGCGAGGACAUCGUGUCCGAAGUCUUGGGCAUCUUAGCGAUGUUUGUUCCGCCAGGCGAUGACGUUCCGCCAUCUGACUCCUUCAACAGCAGCGUGCCUAACGUCGUUGUGCCACUGUCCUCCUUCUCUGGAGGACACAUCUUCGUCGUGCAUCCUGAGGGCCCAGACCAAACAUCCUACGAGGGUGUGCCGUGGACAGGCUUCAAACUCGAUUGCGCUUCUCAUGCUUGGGCUUUUGAUGCUAAGCGUUGCAAACAUUUUACUUUGCCGCGGAAAGGCUCCAGAUCCCUUCUUGUUGCCUUUACCGUGGGUCACCUCUCGGGUUUAGCUCCCGGUGACAGGGAUUUCUUGACCUCCCUAGGGUUUAAGGUUCCCCGCCAGGAUGUCCAACAGGGCCCCACCAUGAAGCCGUACCCUUUGGAAGGCUACGAUUUGCGGUGUCCACAAGUGUCCACCGAUUCGGCGCCACUGGCUCAGCCGAGUCCGGCCUUCCCUUCUGCUGAAUUGCCCGCCGACGGACCUCUGGUGAUCGAGCUGUGCGCCGGGUCCGCCAUCCUCAGUCAGACGGCCGCAAGCCGCGGCUUUGCAAUCAUGCCCGUGGAUCAUGCGCACAAUCGCCACGCUCCCAAGUGCAAGAUGGUAAAUCUCGACUUGACAAAGAGCCACUCCUGGGAGGUCCUCAAAUUUGUCAUCAAAUCCCGUCGGGUGGUGAUGGUGUUCGCGGCUCCGCCUUGCGGCACCUGCAGUGCUGCUCGCAACUACCGCUGCAAACAACAUGCAUCGUGGGGCCAGACCUCUUCUGCCACCUUCGCCACGGCGGAGGAAGCAGCCUACCCGCCAGCCAUGUGUCAAGCCUUGUGUGACGUCUUUGAGUCUGAGGCUGCGCGCCUCAACUACGCGUUGGGCUCGGCUCAUCCAGUCCUGGCCCGAGCCCACAAGCAGCCUCGCGGGCGCCUACACCCGCAGCUCCUGUCGGAGCACAGUGCAAUUCUUUCCCGCCUCCUGCCCCGGGCCCCGAGCCCAGAGUCUUUCGUCAGAGAGGCUAAGCUGCUGUACCAUCCGUUUGAUUCCCUGGCACAGCUACCAGACUACUUGAUCAAAUCUCUGUUUGAGCAGCUAACAAAAUCCCCUGCGGUGAUCUGCAAGCUCAGACUCCUUCGCCUUCAAAGAUGGAGAGCCAGAGCGACGGAGCUCGCGCCAGUCGAGCAUGCCCACCGCGCCAAGAUGCAACCUUCCGUGAGGGAAAUCCUCGCCGACAAGCGUACGGCACUCCUGGAGGAGAUGGCUGCCGAAAUAGAUUGGCCGGACAAGGGUCUCUUUUCAGAAAUGCGCCAAGGCUUCCGACUCGUUGGUUGCCUGAGCCCUUCUGGUGUGUUCAGGGAAGGAGGGUACCUCGCCUCCAUCAGCGAAUCGGAGUUGAUGGAAAAUGCUGAUAGCAUCAAAGCUUCUCUCUUGUCACGUGUGUCAUCUGAUCCUCUUGACGAGAACGCUGAGGAGCUGUAUGAUAAGACAUUGGAAAGCGAUUUGGGGCAUGGAUCCCGGUGCGCCGCUUCUGUGUUGUGCAAAAAGGCGAUGGACCAUCUUUUUUGGUCUCUUUCUGUGUUGUGCCAUUUCUACCGGAAGCGAGGAGCCGUCGAUUUCACUUUGUCCUCUGGAGAGAGGUUGACGGGGCACGUCCACCAUGACUGGCAGAAACCGGGGGCGAGCAUGCAAGUCGCCACCUUGGACUUGAAAUCGGCAUACAAACAGCUGCCUUUAAAUCCAUGCGACUUCGACAAAAGCGUGGUGACCUUGAAGGAUCCGAAGACAGGAUCCAUCUCGUGCUUUGUCAUGCGCACGCUCCCGUUCGGAGCGCUUGCAUCCGUAUACCACUUUCUGUGUGUCAGCUUGCUAUUGCAUGCCCUCGGUUGCCACCUAGGAGCGUGCUGGUCCGCAUACUUCGACGAUUUCCCUAUGGCAACGCAUUCGCUUGUGGCCACGUCAACUUCGGCUCUAGUUAAGGGGUUCCUUAAGUUAGCGGGGUUCGACUUUGCAGAAGAGAAGUGCACGCCUUUUUCUUCUGACGUCGAAGUCUUGGGAGUUACUCUGGAUGUAUCCCAGAGCACGGAGGGCCUCAUCAACAUCCGAAACAAGCCUUCUCGGUGCGAGGAGCUGAAUGCCGUGAUUGAGGAGGUUCUCAAGGAUAAGUCCUUAGUCCCCUGCCGGUUGCCGUCCUUCAUAGGCAAACUUCAGUUCGCCGACGGUCAAAUCUGGGGCCGAGCUGGGCGCAUGGCCUUGCGUGAUCUAAGGACUUUAGGGUUCACUUCCAGGGUUCCGGUCUCUCUUGACGCCAGCGGGAUCGAUGCGCUCAAAAUCCUUCAGCAGAGAUUGAUGCGUGGAACGCCCCGCGUCAUCCGUGCCGGAUGGAAAGAGAAGCCGAUACUGCUCUUCACUGACGGAGCACUGGAGGACGACAACCAGGAUCACGGACCGGCCGCCGUAGGUGCGGUCAUGUUUAAACCGAAUGAGCCCAAUGUUUACUCUUUCGGGUGCGAGGUGCCGAUCGAUGUACUGUCUCAUUGGAGGUCCGACGGCAGGCAUCAUGUCAUAGGUCUCGUGGAGCUUUACGGCGCCGUUCUGGCUCUUCGGCACUGGCGUAAACACUUAGACGGCAGCCGAGUGAUUCUGUUUAUCGACAAUUGGCCUGCACUUGAUACCCUUGUCAAAGGUGAUGCCAGCCUUGAAAUGUGGAGGGAAAUUCUUAUGGUCCUUGAGAAUCCCCAGGAGGCAUCUCCGUGCUUCUUAUGGAUAGCACGCGUGCCUUCAGCCUCCAACAUCGCAGACUCGCCGAGCCGCGGAUCGCUUUCCGAGCUUAGCCAAUGGCCGGCCACCGUAGUGCUGGCGGGCGACUUUAAUGCUCGUAUUGUCAAAGAGGAUUUUUCAGAUUACUCAGAAUAUAUCGGUCCAGCCGUUCUCCCCACUGACUCCCCUUUUGAUGAGACAACAAAUUAUGCAUUUCUUGUUGAAUUCAUGAUCGCUGAAGAUUUUCUCCUUGUUUCUUCUAAAUUCAAACGCCCCCGCUCCAAGCUGAUUACCUACAGCGAGAUCAAUUCUAGCCCCACCGCCACACCAUACUCCCCCUCGGUAGAUGACUUUGCGGUCAUCGACCAUGUCCUGGUCCACGACCCCUCCCUUCACCAGAUCACAGCGGUCUCCUCUCAAGUCGCAUGGCAACUGCCAUGGUUCCAUCGCCACUACCCGGUCACCUUCGCUCUUCAGUAUGAUAAAUUCGCCAGGGUUACCCACCCACCAAGACCACGCAGGACCCUCCCCACCACACCAGAGAACAGUUUGAAAUACAUUGGGUCCUUCUCGGGCCCUCCCUCCCCAUCACCUCGCUCCGUUCCCUUGCCGGGGGCUAUACAAGUUUUUACCGACGGCUCCUGCCCGGAUCAACGCAACAUUGGCCCGGGCAAUCCCGCCGGAUGGGCCUUUACUUUCCUCAAUUACACCAGCGAAGACCCCAAACAGAAUGCAUCGAAUCAUACCGGUUCAAGUUGGAAUGUGUUGGAUCCCAAUCUGGCUUCGCCAGCAGAUUUUGCGAAGAAGAAUUAG